AUGUCACUUGAACUAGAAAAAUUAGAACGACGGGCAUCAGUGAUUGUUAGAGAGUCAAGUCAUAAACAUGAUGGGUAUCAUGAGGAUAAGGAGGACUUUGAGCAUGAAUAUGAAUUAGAAGAUUUGAAUGGGGAAGAGAUGAAUAAUAAUUUACUAGUAGGUUUGAAUAUUAUUCACAGUAACUUUAAUGAGAUGAGAGAUAAAAAAGCACAUGCCCGUAAUAGUAUAUCCAUAAGUACAAACAGCAACCAGGGGAUAAAUCCAUUUAAUAACAGGUUUAUGCCACAUAAUUCUAAUAGAAGUGAUCAUGCUAAUAUAUAUAGAACUGCUGAAGACAGAGAAGAAGAGGAUAAACAGCAUACAGUGGAUUAUGAGGAUGAUUAUGAGGAUGAUGAUUAUGAUGGAUAUUAUAACAAUGACACAAAUAAUGGAACUCUGUAUAAAAUCUUACCUAGAACUUUACCAAAUAGCGAUUUUUUUAUUGAAAUUGAAACUGAUAAGGAAUGUACAACCUCUAGUAAUUUAAAUGAUUCACAUAGAUAUAUCAGAAGAUAUAAUCGCAUGUCUAAUCGAUUCCCUCUGACAAAUACUAAUGUAGAAACUGGUAAGUCUAAGAAUUUCAUGGGCAAACCCAGUGAUGAUUAUUAUAAUGGAAACGAUAUAAGCCCAUUUAGAUUUCAUAGAUUCAAUUCUAGUGUUGGUUAUUCCACAGAUAAUAAUUCAUUAAUUAAGGUUACAUCACAUAAAAAUGAUUACUCUUAUAAAUUUGGCCAGAAUGUUUGCCGAUUAGUAGCAAAGCCUCCAGUUAAUAAUCAGGAUAAGUUGUUAGCUGAAAUGGAAGAAUUAUAUAAAGUUAAGAAUAAUGCUACUAAUAUGGAUAUAUAUGAUUCAUUUCCAGAAGGAAUAGAAGAAAAAUUAAGAGAUUUGCGCCACUCUCAUGUUAAGAUCAUUCAAUUGUUAAGAGAAAGGGAAGCUAGGGCCGAAGAACAGCGGAGACGGGCUCUUCAAGCCAGCAAUAACAAUAAUUUCGCUUUGGGUAACUUGAACAACAAUGUUACAAGUGAUAAACCUAUGAGUGAGAACGAAAAUAAGAAAUAUAUAAUUGCAACACAUAGUGCAUCCAAUUCAGGUGAUAAUAGAGGUGGCACAGGAUUGUCGAAGGCUACCUCAAUUGGUGGAUCAUCUAGAAACCAAUACGCAGCCACAGUCUGGGGAAUGACUGCACCGAGUCUGAUGAAUAAUCCUGAAACUAAAAAAUAUGUUAAUCUUUUAGUUGAUACAAUUAAAGAACUAUAA